AGGGGGCGGGCUCGGGUGCGGGCGCGGAUGUGGCUGCGGCAUCAGAAUUUGACCAGAUGAGUUAUUAAUGAGCCCAUGAGGACUUCCAGUUCUUGCCUUCCUCUUCUGAAGGGUGUGUUUGGUGGCUACUCCAGGAAACAUGGCCAAGUUUGCCCUGAAUCAGAACGUGUCUGACCUGGGCGGCUCUCACCUGUGCCACGGCCCGAUUGGGGGCUCCCGCAGCCCGAGUUCGUCCUACACGGUAGAGACGCCCUAUGGCUUCCACUUGGACCUGGAUUUCCUCAAAUACGUGGAGGAGCUGGAGCGUGGCCCUGUCGCCCGUCGCCCCACCAGCGCCCAGCUGGCACGCCGUCCCCGCGGGCCCCGGGUCAGCAUCACCGGCGCGCGUAGCCCAGGGGCCUGGACAUCCAGCGAGUCCCUGGCUAGUGAUGAAGGCCCCGGGGCGCACGGCCUGGACGAGGAGGCUCUGAGGCGCAGCGAGGGCGCACUCCAGGUCCUUGACGGGGCGGCGGGGACCCCCGACCGGGCUCCCCAGACGCAGGAGCCUGGAAUCCAGGCCGUGCUGGGGACCGAAGAGGCAGAAGCCCAGGCAGCCCUGGAGCACCAGUGCGGGGUGAGCGAGCUCCUGCGGAGCCGGCUGCGAGAGUUGGAGGAGGCCCGAGAGGCUACGGAGGAGGCAGAGGCCCAGUCUCAGUCGCGCGAGGCUGCAACCCAGACCCCAUGGGGUUGUGUUGAGAAGUCCACGCAGACCGAGCCUUCCGCGGAGGUCCCUUACCUGACGCGGAGCCCGUCUGGACUCACAGAUGGGGACAGGACCAUAGCGCCCGCGGGCAUCCUCAAAUCCAUCAUGAAGAGGAGAGACGGAACACCUGGCGCCCAAUCCAGCUCCGGACCCAAGAGCCUGCAGUUUGUUGGAGUCACCAACGGAGAGUACGAGAGCUCAUCCAGCGAGGAAGACAGUGACAGCGAAGACGGUGCCGGCGAUCCCCUGAGGAGCAGCUCCUGUGGCUCUGGGGAGGACAGCGGCCAGGGGUCUGACUCGGGCACCCCGGGCCCGCCCAGCAGCGGAGUCGUUCGGGACCCCGUGCCGGAGCCAGAGGCAGAGCCUCAGCAGGGUGCGCAGGCGAGGUGCGAACUGAGCCCGCGAUUGAGGGAGGCGUGCGCAGCGCUGCAGCGGCAGCUGAGCCAGCCCCGUGGAGUCGCCCGUGACAGCGGCGCUGCGCGCCUGGUGGCCCUGGAGUGGUUUCGAGUGUCCAGCCAGCGCCGUUCGCAGGCCGAGCUUGUAGCCGGGGUCCUGCGGGCGGUAGCAUGCCUGGGACAGGAGCUGCUGGCCCACGUGGUGAACCUGGCUGACGGCAACGGGAACACAGCCCUGCACUACAGCGUGUCCCAUGGGAACCUUGCCAUCUCCAGUUUGCUGCUGGAUACUGGAGUCUGCAAGGUUGACUGCCAGAAUCAAGCAGGCUACUCAGCCCUUAUGUUAGCUGCACUCACCUCUGUUGGGCAUGAGGACAUCCCUGUGGUCCAAAGACUCUUCCAAAUGGGCAACAUCAAUGCCAAGGCUAGCCAGACAGGACAGACAGCCCUCAUGCUGGCCAUCAGCCAUGGCCGACAGGACAUGGUAGCAGCCCUGCUAGCAUGUGGGGCAGAUGUCAAUGUGCAAGAUGUGGACGGAGCCACAGCACUGAUGUUUGCCAGCGAGUACGGGCACCUGGAAACUGUCCGGUUGCUACUGGCCCAGCCAGGCUGCGAUCCUGCCCUCCUGGAUAAUGAGGGCACCAGUGCCCUGGCCAUGGCUCUGGAGGCUGAGCAGGAUGAGGUGGCUGCUCUGCUGCACGCCCACCUAAGUUCAGGCCAGCCUGGUCCCCCGUCACCCCCUGACUCUCCCAUGGCCACGCCAGGUCGAAGAGGAAGCAGUGAUAAUGGACAGGACCCCCAGCCUCAGUGAGCGGCCUCGAACAAGAGACCUGGAUAGGGGCAGGGGGGCGAAGGGUUGACCUUUCCUAACAAAUAAAACAUUUCUAACUGAA